AUGACCUAUCAGAGGAUUUCUGAUGCUCAUGGGAACUCAGUUCAGGACUUUGAAGAUUCUGUCAAUGAAUUCAUUUGCAAAUACACUGGUGAAAAUCCAAAGUAUCAGGCGAACAUGUAUCUCUUUGAUACUUCCAACCACAUUCGCAAACCAUAUACUACUGAAAUUGGAAUUCACGCAAAUCGCUUGAAAACCCUAUUUAUGUAUCACAAUAUGCUUCCUGGAAAUUGUUCCAACGUGAACGAUGAGAACGAUCCGGGUCAAAUUCGAAAGAGAAAGCUGGCACUGUUUUGCUCCUUUCCAAUUGAUUGGCAGGGAGAUUUUAUCAAUUCGCGGAAUGAUCCGGCGAACGACGAUAAUAUUAUGUGGAAAGAUAUUGUCAGUUGGAUGACACAGAAGAAAAGAACAGUGGACAGGAAGAAACUUAUGCACGAGAGUUCUCCCCGUCGAACUCGACCUGGUAAUCGCACAGGCGGUAGAGGCCUUCACCACAAUCGUUUUGGUGGUGGUCGUGGUCAUGGUCGACCAAGCAAUGGUUAUCAACCAUAUCCAAGACCCUCGAACUCUUCAAGAUAUUCUAAAGGGACUUCACAACGUUUUCAACAUGGAGGCAAUUCCCAGCAACAAAACCAAGGACGAUUUCAACCAAGACACCCCAACAAUGGUGGCAGAGGCCGUGGAUUCAAUGGCCAGCGCAGUGGACGCUCCCAAUCUGGUCGUUUUCAGCCAGGACAAAACUAUCAAGGCAGAGGCCAAUCACAGCAACAAAACAGUCAAAACCACUAUGCUGAGUCGCACUACAAUCAAGAAGCUGAAAGCUUUGCUGCGGAAGGCAGCGUUCCGGAAUGGAACCAAGACGGAAUGUCUUAUGGUGGAAUGCCAAGUGCCGAGCAGUACCAGCAUCAGGAACAAUAUUAUCAAGCUGAAGAAAAUCAGCGAUGGAAUGAUCAAUUCAACUAUGAACAAGAAGAAUAUUAUCAUGAAGAACAGGAGGCGCACGAACAUUUUUCCUAUGAUGAGGAUUCGCAAUUUUCCUUUCAUGAGGAGCAUUACUGA